CGACGAGGAUCCAAACCCGCUUCGUCAAAAUCCUAGCCGGCGGCGGCCGCGUCCCCCAUCCCCUUCCCCAAGCCAAAGCAGAGCUAGGGUUUAGGGUCGAGAGAGCGCCAUGGAUAACUCCGCCGACAUGCAGCGAUUCCUCCAGCAAGAGCAGCAGAAGGCGCUGGUGGGCGAGAUGGUCGGCAAGCUAACAAGCGUGUGCUGGGACAAAUGCAUCACCAGCACCCCAGGAAGCAAGUUCAGCUCCGGAGAGACAACUUGCCUGACGAAUUGUGCCCAGAGGUAUCUUGACAUGAGCGUGCUGAUUGCCAAACGGUUCGAGAUGCAGUGAAGCGCCGGCACCCACUGUUGUUGCUUCGUCAAGUGUCUUCCUUUUUUUGUAUCAGCUUCCUUUGGACUCUUGAACGACGGCGAGUUUUCACAAAAAAAACUUUUUAAUGUACUAGCAACAUCUAAUUCAAUGUUGGUCAAUGUUAUGCUGUU